GAUAACUCAGCUGUUUUUUGUUUAUUGCACGCCGGAAAAUCCAAAAAAUCCCCAAAAAAUGGUGAAAAUAGCCCUUCAAAUAAGUGCCCAAUUCGAAAAUAUCGAAGAACUGAAGACCUGCCAUCCAGAUUACGCCUUUUACGUCAAAGUCAAGUGCAGUAAUUGCGGCGAACAGGACGAAAAAUGGCAUGAUAUCACCGAAAGUGAGCGGCAAUCCGAAGGAGAUUCUUCUCGAAACACGAAAGGUGUGAAUUUCUUCAUUAAAUGCAAAUUGUGUAACCGCGAAUCGUCAAUUGAUAUCGUUGAAGGCAGUAAUGCUUCCUAUACCGAAGCUGACGUUGGCAAAUUUAAGACGAUUGUAGCUUUCGAUUGUCGCGGAAUUGAACCGGUUGAAUUCUCUCCGAGAUCUGGUUGGAUAGCAAAAGCCGUCGAAAAUGGGCAAAAAUUCGAAGAUAUUGACUUGUCGGAAGAUGAUUGGGCAGAUUAUGACGAGAAAAAUAAAGAAUCUGUCGGAAUUACAGAGUUCAAGUCGCAAUUUGUCAAGUUGAAGAAAUAAAAUUUCCCGAAAUUUC